AGCUCCAGCCGCGCAGAAUCAGAGCCAUAAGAAGAAGAGACAGUGGCAGAGAGAAACGCCCUAAUUUUUCUUCUUUUCAGCUAAACGCGAAUCCGUUUAGCCUCUUCGUUUCUCUCCUGCCUUCUGCUAUAUAAGUUUUCGGCUCUCUCUCAAGUGGAGCAGAGGAAUUCCUUUGUUUACACUCGUCGGAGUUCUUGACGUCAAUUUAAUCAUGGUUCUUUGGGUGUUUGGCUAUGGAUCUCUUGUGUGGAAUCCGGGAUUCGAUUUUGAUGAGAAAGUGAUAGGUUUCAUUAGAGAUUAUAGGCGUGUAUUCGACCUUGCUUGUAUUGAUCAUAGAGGUACACCUGAAAAUCCUGCUAGAACUCUCACGCUGGAACCUACAGAAGGAUCAAUUUGCUGGGGUGCUGCAUAUUGCAUCCGUGGAGAUCCCGAAAGAGAGAGAGAGGCCAUGGAGUAUCUGGAGAGGAGAGAAUGCGAGUAUGAUCAAAAGACUAUUGUAGACUUCUACAAGGAUGAAGACUCCAUGGAACCCACAUUGACAGGAGUUCUUGUUUUUACAUCUACACCUGAUAAAUUACUGAACAAAUACUAUCUAGGACCUGCUCCAUUGGAGCAAAUGGCUAGCCAAAUUGCAACUGCUUCUGGUCCAUGUGGGAACAAUAGAGACUAUCUAUUUCGGUUAGAGAAAGCCUUGUUCGAUAUCGGCCACGAAGAAGAUACGGUGAUCGAGCUUGCGAACGAAGUGAGGAAUGUCCUUGGGAAGGUUGGAAAGAAGAAGCCGGUUGGGCCGACGACGCACCUGCCUUUCAUGUCCUUCAUCUCAGGAGUUCAGGUGCAUCCUCUGGCAGAAGCAGCUGUGGCCAUAGAUUCUUAGAAAAGACUGAGAGAUUGGUUGAGUAAGCUAACUGAAGAUCAUUUGGAUUGAUAGACUGCCACUUCUUUGAUUCAUUUAUGAUUUCCCUCACUGUUUCUGAUAUGACCCAAUAGAGUUGUUCUGAGCUUAGCUUUAGACCAUUUUUAGAGAUUUAAGAUUGAAGAAUGGUAGAGAAUGAGUUACUUCGCUAACAGUGAGUUUACACCGUAUGUUAUGAAUCUUACUUUAUCACUUGAAUACGAAAUCAAAUAACUAGUUGGUUUGGAGUUUUUCAUUUUGUUGA